UACUCACCUGUUAUAAAUGCUAAUGAAGAUCUCUCAAUGAGUUUUUUUUUGCAGUAAAUCUCAUUUUGGAUUUUCCUCAAUAAACCACCAUAAAGUCUUGGUAAGAAAAACGAUCUCGCUUGUCUGAGAUCUUCCUCUCCUCAUGUGCUAGUAGAAGUCGUUGAAGAUUCGCGUCCCCCUCUGAGCAGACAUUCGGAUAGUUCGGGAUUGUUGUGUGGGAUAAGUCGGAUCAGUUGAGGUCAGCGACUGGUCGAGUACAGAGGCCACCAUGCUGUCAAUCGCUGUGGUGGGGCUCACCCUACUCAUCGCCAGCAGUGUUUACGCGCAAUUCGACAUUCCGGAGCCGGAGGUGGUGUUCUACGAACCCCGUGGCUUUCGCGUGUCCAUCCCAGCUGAUCCCGACAUCAAACUCUUCGCUUUCCACGGGCGCAAGAAUGAGCAACUCCAGGGAACGGAUGCUGGAACGUGGAAUGUGGACGUUACUCGUGCAACGGAUGGGAAAUUAGUGUUUGAGGAUUCAACGACAAAAUUCACAAGAGGUGACUACCUCAGCUACUGGAUCCACGUAGUCCUCCACAGUGGCCAAGGGUACAAUAGGUUGGAUCUGAGAGAAGAAGCAAAAGAUUUCGUUCCACGCACUCAGAACUCGUUUCAAUCGCCCUCACCAAUUGGAUACGAAGUUCCCACACCGGAAGUAAAGGUGUUUUCACGUGGCUUUGAGGUUUCUAUCCCCGAAGAGGAGGGUAUUACGCUGUUUGCCUUCCACGGGCAGCUAAAUCAACCCUUCACAGGACUCCAAGCUGGUCAGUGGGCCACGGAUAUAACACGACCCACAGAAGGACGUUUUCGCUUCACAGAGCGCUCAACGAGACUCAAACCUGGAGAUAUUCUCUACUUUUGGGUGCACGUCAUUUACAAUGGGCUGGGAUACAAUCUUGAGGGUCAGGAGUACAGGGUUGAUGAUACUGGAUCAGGUGCACCACCUACUCCAUCAACACAACCGCGUCCAACACCACGUCCUACACCUGGUCCAACACAACCAACUGCAACUCCCGUUAGUGCAUCCACAUGCGAAAGAUCCCCAACAGUGCUCAAAGAUGGCAGCCAUCCGUGCGCAGGUGAACUAAUCUUCGAGGAUGACUUCCAAGGAAGACGUCUUGGGCAUCAGUGGGAGAUUGAGAAGAGAUUUGGCUCUGUGGAUCCUGACAAUGAAUUUGUCAUCUAUCUCAAUCGCAGUGAGAAUCUCCAAGUGAGUGGAGGACACCUGAAGUUUAAGCCAACAUUCACAGAUCGCGUCUUCUCCAAUCGAUUCUCGCUGGAUAUUGAAGACUGUACAGGUGAGACUGAUUCCCCGGCUUGUAGCAGAUCCAGAGAAAAAUUCCCAGAUAUCCUUCCACCAGUAAUCUCAGCUAGGAUCAAUACAAAGUCCCAUUUCCACUUUCUCUAUGGGAAAAUUGAGAUCAGAGCUAAACUCCCGACUGGAGAUUGGAUUUUUCCAGAACUCUUCUUGGAGUCUGCAAAGAACACCUAUUCAGGAGAGAAUCUCCAAUCUGGACAGAUGCGUGUGGCUUUUGUAGCUGGUGGUCCAUGCAAUACGCAAGACCUCUAUCAGGGUGUUCUUUUGGAUUCGAGGGAACCCUUCCGGACAAGGAAUCUCUGUGUGAAGCGACACACGUCCGGUGGAAAGUGGGCUAAAGACUUUCACACCUACACCCUUAUCUGGACACCUGAAAAAAUCUCAACCUUCGUUGAUGGAACAUUUAACUGCGAAGUCCUCCCAAUUGAUGGCUUUUGGACACAUAGUAUUGAUAAUGGACAAAAGUAUCCGGGUGCCAAUAAAUGGCAACAGCUGGGUACGUCAAAAAUGGCUCCGUUCGAUCAGGAAUUCUUCCUGACACUGGGACUUGGGGUUGGGGGUCACAAUGACUUCCAAGACACCAAAUUCUGCCGACUCCCAUGGAGUAAUACAUCACCGCGGGCAAUGAAUCAAUUUUGGCAGAAGAGGGAUGAUUGGAUAACUUCCUGGGAGAGCAAUGAUCCCGAACUACGAAUAGACUACGUCCGUGUGUAUGCUAUCUGAGCACAUCUGAAAAUUUGCUUUAAUAAAACACUAAAAUGGAAUAAAA